AUGGCAAACGAUACGCUUUAUCCCCCGACGUACGACAACUGCGACGAACUCUCCGACCGAUGCAAAGUCGAAUUCACAAUCUACGGCGCUGACCUAUCAUCAGCAGCCGCCAUCUUCUUCUGGGCGGUUUUCUCACUCCUCUUCGUGGUCCAGAUUUUCCUUGGAAUCCGCGCCAAGACAUGGUCGUACAUGAUCUGGCUGGCACUUGGUACUCUCCUUGAAGUUCUCGGCUACGCAGGACGAUACGCUCUUUCAAGAAACCCAUGGCGACUCAACUCCUUCAUCGUCCAGUACAUUACACUUCUUCUCGCCCCUACACUUGUCGCCGCUGCCAUCUCGGUCACCUUUAAGCACCUGGUCAUCUGGUAUGGAGCUCAAUGGUCACUGCUCCGACCAAGGCUCUAUCCCUGGGUGUUUGUCGGAACCGACUUUCUCUCCAUCUUCAUUCAAAUCAUCGGAGGUGGUCUCGUUGCGCUGAACAGCACCGGCAAUGGAUCUAAGACGACACAGAAGCUUGGAGAGGCACUCGUUAUUGGCGGUGUGGCUUUCCAAGUCGCCAACAUGCUGUGCUGCGCUGGACUCAUGUUGAUGUACUCAAGCCGACGCAAGAAGGCCCUCAGGAGCGGUGUUCAGUCCAUUCACUCAACCUCAAACCUACCUGGCACAGCCUUUGAUACCUCUGGUCGAGGCAAGGUUCCUCUGUCGCGCGCCGAAGCGACUGAGAAGGAAGCGACCCGAACUCGAUUCUUCAUCUACGCCCUUGGCGUAGCUUACACAGCAAUCAUCAUCCGAUGCGGCUACCGUAUCGCCGAGACGAUCCCCGAGAUUUCCCACGAUGUCAUGCGAAACGAGACCCUAUUCCUUGUCCUCGACGGCGGCAUGAUUCUUAUCGCCAUUGCCGCUGUCACGAUCCUGCACCCAUGCACCUGUUUCCCAUUCCUGGGUGUCAAGACGAGAGACCGCAAGGAAGGUCAGGUUGAGGAGGCAUAUGCCAUGUUGCCCGAGGGUAACCGACAGUAG